GUCAGUAAACUGGGGCGUGUGAUUACGUCACAUCCGCAGACGUACUGUUCCCGUGUAUGAGAAAAAUGGCGGCACUCAUUACAGUGAGGGGCUCAUUCGGGUUUAUGAGACGCUUGGUCUCUGUCCAGCAUCUGCACAAGUGUUGUUACUCCAAACUACACACACCUUCUGUACCACACACACCCCACAUAUACUCCAGCAGCGCUUUGCAUCAGCACAGAUUUUUCCACACCAGCUAUGCUGCAGCAGGACCAAUUUUACAGUUCAAGCUAUCAGAUAUUGGGGAAGGAAUUAUGGAGGUGACUGUAAAAGAAUGGUAUGUGAAGGAAGGUGAUCGAGUGUCCCAGUUCGACAGCAUCUGUGAAGUGCAGAGCGAUAAAGCAUCAGUUACAAUCACCAGCCGCUACGAAGGAGUCAUCCGCAAACUCCACUACGAUGUUGAUUCUAUUGCACUCGUGGGCAAGCCUCUAGUUGAUAUUGAAACUGACGGAGGACACGCUGUAGCUCCGGAGGAGGAUGUGAUGGAAACACCAGCUGUGUCACGGGAAGAACACACUCAUCAGGAAAUUAAAGGGCACAAGACACAGGCCACACCUGCAGUGCGACGCAUAGCCAUGGAAAACAACAUCAAGCUCAGUGAAGUUGUCGGGACCGGAAAGGACGGCCGCAUUCUUAAAGAAGACAUCCUGAACUUCAUAGCCAAGCAGACAGGAGCCAUCAUACCCCCUACCCCCUUCCAGGAGAUCCAGCCUCCUCCUCCCACACCUCCUCCAGCUGUCACGCCCAAAGAGAAGAAGCCUCUGAGCGUCACUACUCCUGUCAUCCCUAGGCCAGUGUUUACAGGCAAAGACCGCACCGAGCCUCUUAAAGGUUUUCACAAGGCCAUGGUGAAGACAAUGACGGCGGCUCUGAAGAUCCCACACUUCGGCUACAAGGAUGAAGUGGACCUGAGCCGGCUGGUGCAUCUGCGCUCCGACCUGAAGGACGUGGCCGAACUUCGGGGAGUGAAGCUCAGCUACAUGCCGUUCUUUAUCAAGGCAGCAUCACUUGCUCUCCACCAUUUCCCGAUCUUGAAUGCCUCUGUGGAUGAAGCAUGCCAGAAUAUCACCUACAAGGCUGCACACAACAUUGGUCUGGCCAUGGAUACGCCCCAGGGUCUGCUGGUGCCCAACAUAAAGAAUGUACAGAUGCUCAGUAUUUUUGAAAUCGCCACGGAGCUCAAUCGACUGCAGGGUUUGGGUGUAUCUGGGCAGCUUGGCACAACGGACCUUACUGGGGGAACAUUCACACUCUCCAACAUCGGCUCAAUUGGAGGUACUUAUGCAAAGCCAGUGAUUCUGCCACCUGAAGUUGCGAUCGGUGCUCUCGGGAAGAUCCAGGUUUUACCCCGCUUCAAUGCCAAGGACGAGGUUGUGAAAGCGCACAUCAUGUACGUGAGCUGGUCUGCAGAUCACAGAAUCAUUGACGGGGCCACAAUGUGUCGCUUCUCCAACCUGUGGAGAUCUUAUCUGGAGAACCCGGCCUCCAUGGUGCUGGAUCUGAAGUAGAUCAUCCUGCCUUUAGCACACAUCCAGGCACUUACUAGCAUUUGAACAUUGUUACUGACGUUACUGAUUUAAACUACUCCAGAAUUUGACUUCCCCUUUCUUUUCCUUUUCCCUUUCCGUGAUCUCUGUCUUCUCUCAUGACAUGGACAGUUGCACAUGUUAAGUGAAAAAUGUUAACACAUUUUCAGACAUGUGACUUGAAUGUACAGCUGCUAGUCUUGUGUGGGUCAGUUGCAUUGUUCUAUAAAUACACACAACCAAGACAACCUACUUGUCAUGAACACUAUUAACACUUUCUUGAACUUGGAAAGGUAGAUAUUUUUUACCUCCCUACAAAGGCAUUAUUGCACAAAUAACUUUUGAGAGUGUACACACACAUCCAGGCUAUGAUUAUGGAACGUUUGGUGGUGAAGAAAAUCAUGUAAUCUCUACUGUGUUUAAAGUAUUUAAGGAAAAAUCUCAAUUAUGAAUGGUGUCUGUAGUAUUAGAACAGGUAUAGUCUUUGGAUGUUACAUAGGAACGCACAGUUACAUAGGAACGCACAGUUUAUCCAUUAUUUUGUUGUUUUGUGUGGAUUUAGAGGGGGGAACAGUUUUAAUAAAUGAUGUCAUUAUGAAAUGGCACUGGCAAUCAGCCGGAUCAUUUAAUUGUACCUGUAAUAAUCUUCUUCUUCUUCAUACUAUUAUAAUAGUAGAUUAACUAAUACAGUAAUACAAUACCAUGGGUUCCAAAAUGAUUCAGACCCCUUUUCACACACUUCAAGUUUUAGAUUUAAUUUAUAAUGGAUUAAAUUGCCUUUUUUGCCAUUAAGCUACACACAAUAAUCCAUAAUGACAAAAUGAAAACAAGUUUUUUGAACUUUUUUGCUGAACUACGA